AUGCCUGCCCAACCCGGCAACCUCGUCCAGGGUGGUGCACUGUCGACGAGCGGAUCUUUUGCUACAUCAGCGCGAAACACCCGAUACCGCGUCACAUUCUUCGACUUACCAGCAGAGUUGCGCAACCAGAUCUAUGAUGAGAUCGCUGAGCACGAUGCACCGAAACAAGUGCUGAAAGCGUACUACCAGAAAUACCGGGCACCGCCAGCCACAUUCGCGGAGGUAUGCCAGCAGACUCGACAAGAAUACCUGCCAAGACUUCAUCGAGACCUUGACCUGUGGCUUUUCGAUAGCUACGUCAAACCAGACUCCACGAUGCGUUGGCUCGAUAUUUUCGGUCGCUCACGAGUCCCCCUCACACGAAAGAUCUGCAUCUGGUACGAUCCGUUCUGCUGUAAGAUCGUGCUCCACGGAAACAAGUCAGAGAAGCAGGUGACCGUCCGAUACCUUGAUUGGUAUGGAGACCCGAUCGAAAAUUCCGAGGCCGUAGAUGCUGCUGCCGAAGCAUUUGUGCAAAGUCACUUGCAACCAUGCGGAAGUGACCCAUACCUGACACUGGAAGGUCUGAAGAAAGUCAUCGACUUUGUGCGCAUUCGGAUGGCUAACACGAAAGAUGAACGAGAGAGUGGUCUCCAAAGAAGAUAG